CCUUAGCGGGGGAGCUUCGACAAUAUCAACAGGAACAAGUUACAGUACUGUGCUUGCUAUCCCAGGCGUCCCAUAAAGGUCUUCUAGCAUUCACCAUGGCCGGAGUGUUGAGCUUGCUAUCUACUUAACCAUGACUUCCAACGUCGAGGCAUUCUUCUCGCUCCAUCAGUGACCUUCGUCCGCAAUCCAAUUCGAAACCCUUCGAGACUCCUCUUCCGUCAUUGUGCAUGCGGUUGAUCAUCCUUUCGCAAUCGCUAUCCACAACACCAAUCAUCUCGACCAAGGCGGGGUCGACACCAUCACUACUCGAAGCCAUCCACGGAGUUGCCCAAUAGAGUAUUCAUACUAGGAGCAAGUGACUCUGGCUACAAAGGUAUAGUCUCCCGCGUCCUAGUCCUCCUCCCGCAUCACAUCCAGAAUCCUGCUUUUACACAUGUUCGCAGCUCUCCCCUGGCAUCGAUGCUGACAUGGCAGACAGACCUGUACACAAGCGUUCCAAGAGCGCUCGAGUCCUGAAUCUAUUGCGCAGCGACGAUCCGGCCCGAGAUAGCGGCUCAGAUACGGAAUCUCCAGCCACGGCGACCUCGAGUACUGGUCCUUUUUCUGCGACAACCUCCAACACGCAGCUAACGCCUGUCGACGCUCCACGACUGGCUCCUCUAUCUCCCAGCAUAACGAGAACCUCGGCCAUGGACCCUAGUGACAUCUCCACGGGCUCUCCAGACGUCUCCCCCAAAGUGCCCUCGGGCAUCGCAGCCGGGAACAGUGUCUCGAUAGAAGAUUCCGUUCGCACCUUCCGUGUUUUUGAGGUCCUGCGUGGCAAAGAUACUGCCGCCAUCUCAAAGGCUAUAUCUGAAUCGAUACCUUCGUCGUCGAAUCCCCAGCCUAUUCCCGGCACGACUAUUCUUCAUUUGGCCGUCCAGUGUGCAGAGCCCAACGUGGUAGAUCAGGUCAUAAGAGAAGGAAACGGUCUUGAUGUGAAUGCGCAGGAUAAGGAGGGCAACACUGCUCUGCACCUGGCUGCGCAGCUAGGUCGCGGACCUGUCGUCAAAAACCUGCUAGAGCUCCCAGUCAUUAAUGACUCGAUAACGAACAGGCAGGGAAAAUUGGCAAUCGACCUCGCCCGGACACCUGAGCUUUUUCAACAAUUACAACUAGCUCGGACCAUCUUUCUAGAUGAAAAGACCAGAGCAAUCCAGGCGGCUUUGGCGCAAGGGGACUAUAAACAGAUUGAGGCCCUACUGGUAGAGCCUCGGGUUGAGGGCACACUCGAUGUGAAUGCCUUGGAGUUGGCGACAGAACCCUUGACGGUCCAAACAGGUGGCACUCUGCUCCACGAAGCAGCGCGCAAGAGAGACCUGCAGCUGGCCCAAAUCUUGCUGUUGCACGGGGCGGACCCUUUUAGAAGAGAUCGCAAGGGCAAGCUACCCCAAGACGUGACCAAAGACGAUCGCACGAGGGCAAUCUUGAAGAAGUCCCCAGCCGCAGCUGCAGCCCAGCGAGGAAUCCAAGAAAAAGCUAUCCUUGGAAACACCCCAGCUCAGGCCCGCUCCGCUGGGCCGAAUGAUACAUCCAAAGACGCUCGUGAGAUGAAGGGCUAUCUUAAGAAGUGGACCAACUACACGAGUGGCUAUAAACUCAGGUGGUUCGUCCUCGAAGAAGGCGUCAUGAGCUAUUAUAAGCACCAAGAUGAUGCAGGGUCCGCCUGUCGUGGUGCCAUAAAUAUGCGGAUCGCGAAGCUGCAUAUGGAUCCACAGGAUAAGACGAGGUUUGAGAUUCAUGGCAAGUCUUCUGUCAAAUACCACCUGAAAGCCAACCAUGUCGUUGAGGCCAAAAGGUGGUUCUGGGCGUUGAACAAUGCCAUUCAGUAUACCAAAGACGAAGCAAGAGAAGAUGAAAAAAGACGAACGCUUGAUUCAGAUGCUCUUCGACCACAUGCCAGAGUGGAACUUGCAGACAUGCUCACACCUUCCACAAGUAGGUCUAAACCGACGGUCGGAGGAACCCUUGGUGCUCCAGGGGCAUCUUCCAAAGUCAGCUUUCGCUCAGAUGUGGAAGGUGGUUCAGCCUAUGAUUCCUAUGAUGCGAGCGUCGCUGGCGAGGAACUACAACGGGUACCGACGAAUGGUCAAAUGCCAAUCGACGCGGACGAUGAUGGCGAUGGCGACGAUGCUAGUAGUCAUGAGGUCCAGCAACCUGGCACCAAAGACGCUUUCAAUAUCACUGCGCAGUCGGCCAAAUUGCAGCUCGAGCUUCUUUCGCGCAUUUCUGAUGGACUCGUUUCACGCAGUUCGUCUCUACCAGAUACCACGCUCUCUCAUCCAGAUGUUUCUCAAGCACUUUCUGCCUACUCUACGGCGGUAAGUAGCUUGAAUGGACUGGUGACAGAUCUGUUGAAAAUCGCCAAGGAUCGCGACGCUUAUUGGCAAUAUCGCCUAGAACGAGAUGCAGAUGUCCGCAGAAUGUGGGAGGAAAGCAUGGCCAAGGUCGCAUAUGAACACGAAGAUCUCAAGAAAUCGAUUGCCGAAUCCGAGGAUAAACGCAAGAGAACCAAGCGUGCUCUGAAGGAGGCACUCGAGGGGCAGUCACUUUCGGCCAGUCGGCCCGGCUCUUUGGUGCAACAGGAAUCAACAGAUCAGGUUCAGUUUGGAGAAGCCGUCGCGGACCAAACCUCGCUCAGGCCCGAAGCGCAAGCGACGGCCAGAGAUCGAUCGAGGAGGAAAUCAUUCACACGUGAAGGCAGCCGAAGAAAGUCAAUCAUUGCACAAUACACCAAUCUCUCCGACUCGGAGUCGGGAGAUGACGAGGAAUUUUUCGACGCAAUUGAUGCCGGGAGAGUGGAUGUGAUCGAACCUCCACUCGCCAGUCCGCCUCCAGUACAGGUCUCCUCGGCCCACAGAGAAGAAGAAGCAGAACCGUUUUCCGACCGUGACGAAAGAGCUCAGAAGCAGAUGCAGAUUGUGCCUUCAUACGCCGGUUACGAAGACGGCAUUCGCAAGAAACUCAAAAUGGACGCUGAUGACCGUCCAAAGAUCUCCCUUUGGGGUAUUCUCAAGUCUAUGAUUGGAAAGGACAUGACAAAGAUGACUCUGCCUGUGUCGUUCAAUGAGCCGACCUCGCUGUUGCAGCGGGUGGCAGAGGACAUGGAAUAUGCAGAUCUUCUGGACAUUGCAGCAGAUCGACCUGACUCUACGGAAAGAUUGGUCUAUGUCGCUGCUUUCGCAGCCUCGGAAUAUGCCAGCACCAUCGGCCGAGUGGCUAAACCUUUUAAUCCACUGCUGGGCGAGACGUAUGAAUACGUGCGUCCUGACAAAGGUUAUCGCUUCUUCAUUGAGCAAGUCAGCCAUCAUCCACCUAUUGGUGCCGCUCACGCUGAAUCUGCUCGAUGGGACUACUGGGGUGAAUCGGCUGUGAGAUCCAAGUUUUACGGCAGGUCAUUCGACAUCAACCCAUUGGGAACGUGGUUCUUGCGAUUGCGGCCGUCUAGUGGGGCGCCUCCCGAACUGUAUACGUGGAAGAAGGUGACGAGCUCGGUUGUGGGGAUCAUUACCGGCAACCCCACGGUGGAUAACUAUGGCCCGAUGGAGAUCAAGAAUUGGACCACCGGCGAAGUCUGCGUAUUGGACUUCAAGCAACGAGGCUGGAAAGCCAGCUCGGCCUUCCAGGUCUUCGGCAAAGUUGUGGAUGCGAAGGGCGUGACCAAGUGGAGUAUUGGAGGUAGAUGGAACGACAAGAUCUACGCCCGUCUCACAGAAGGGUUCGAAGACGAGGCCGUCGGCGAAGGCAAGACAAAGGGCCAAUCUGGCCACCAGGCAUUCUUGGUGUGGGAAGCCCAUUCCCGCCCUACCGGGAUCCCGUUCAAUUUGACGCCGUUCGUGGUAACGCUCAAUGCCGUUAGCGACACUCUGCGUCCGCAUCUCCCACCUACGGAUACGCGCUUGCGGCCUGAUCAGCGCGCCAUGGAGGAUGGCGAGUAUGAUCGUGCCGCGACAGAGAAGAAUCGGGUUGAGGAGAAACAGCGUGCUGCACGACGACAGCGUGAGAAUGCAGGUGAAGAGUGGAGGCCCAAGUGGUUUGAGAAGAAGACGGAUCCGGUCACUGGGGAGAGCUAUUGGGAGCAUAACGGGCAAUACUGGCAGAAGAGACGCGAGCAUGAUUGGAAUGUGUGUGAUGAUAUAUAUUAGAGGCCUGAGACAUCCAUGGUAGUGGUUGGAUCUUCGAAAGGGUGACUGCCUAAGACAAACGUAUGGUAUGGUAACGAGUUCAAAUUUGACUUGACGUGGUCAUGAAUGCGCUGGUAGCUCCUUUGAAAUCUAAAUGUUGCUAUGAUCGCCAGUUUUCCCCCUCGGGCCAGACAUUUCCGGCCUCGUAAUUUACUGCGGUCAAAAAGGAUAAAGACAAUGUUACAAGGAGAGGCUCAAUUCAUCCAAUCGACCAUC